ACGAUAUUCUAUUUUUACUGCGAAAUACAUAGAUUUAAACUAGUUUGCAUAUCGAAUAUACAUAUGCCUUAAUGUUUUAUUUUUGAGCACAAUGUUAUAUUUUCCAUUUUGAAGUAGGGGAGUUUCACGCGCGAAAUUUGGUUUGAUUAUCGAAGCUAGUGUUGUCUAAUGCCUGUGCUAGGGCUGCAUCAGCGACAAUUGUUGUUUGUUAUCGAUAUUGAUAUGUUUUUGUGAGUAAACCGGUCAAUCGACCGUUACGUCUUCUUGACCUCGAACUUUUUAAAAUAAACAAUUGUAAAAUAUCCGAUAUUGGGUAUUAAAUAAUUUGGUACACUUAAAGGUAAAAUAUUUUUUGUAAUUUGCUUUUUGGUAUGUGUGGUCUUUCUACGUAAAUCGUUGUAUUCCAGGUGUGCAUUCAUUUGACAUUGAUAAAGUAAAGAGAACUUUAAGAGUAAAGUCUCUAUAUUAUUGAGUAUAGGAUUCUGAGAACUUCUCAGUAAUUCGCAUAAGGGUCGUUAUAUGGUCUAGGGCUAGACUCUAUGGGCGAAACUGUUAUCUGCUGCAACGACAUUUUAAAGUACAUAUAAAUAAUUGAGCGCAUACUUUUUAUAUGCCCGUAUGCACUGUAAAGUAAAAGUGAGUCAUUUUCCCCCCUUUGAUAUAUAGUAAAUCAAGCUAGUUGCAUUUUCUGACAGUCGCAUUGUAGAAAUCAAACAGUACACAGCACUAACAAAAUAAUCGUCCACAUGUCGCAGACAUUGAUCAAUCCUAGCAACAGGACACGUGGGGAUUAUGGCGCCACAUCAAGUGUUAUUCCCGAGAUGAAUUCGGCGAGCAUUUCGAGUUCUAACUCUGAACUUGACUCACUCAGCGAAGAAAUCGGUUACAAUAUAAACGCUGUACACAGCAGCACAAAGCAACUUGAAAAACAAUUGAAAUUAAUGAGCACCGCCAAAAAUUCAUUAACGAUUGGAAAAAAUGUACUCAGCAUUAACACUAAGACAAAUAAACACAUCCAGAUCACCAGUCAAAAACUGCAGCGUCUGCAGGCGGUGGUGCAACAUGGCGAUCGCCAGCAGAAGCUGCAUCUGGAGAAGCUGACGCAGGAAUUUCAGACGGUUGUCGACAAAUAUUCAAUGCAACAGAAAUUUAUCUCGGAGGCUAUGCGAGAAGCCAAGCAAAAGGCUGCCGAGGCGGCACGUGAGGCAGAGUUGUCUGAGGAAACAUAUCAGUUGGAGCAACAGCGUCAGGAGCAGGCUGAACUCGAGAGGGAGCAUGAUUUGCUCGUGGAGCGUCAGCGGCAAGUGGAGCAAAUUGAGGCCGAUAUUCUGGAUGUGAAUUAUGUAAUGCAAAAGUUAAGCGGUUUGGUGUACGAGCAGCGCGAGAUGGUUGAUGCUAUUGCACUCAAUGUAGAGGAAACAGCUGACAAUGCGGAGGAGGGACGCAAGGCUCUACAAGAAACGGUUGUUAGACAAAAUAAAAGUCGUCGUAAAGUAGUGAUAAUAUUAUUGAUUGUUGUGCUAAUAGCUUUAAUUGUAAUUGGCAUCAUAGUCAGCAAAUUAAAGUAAAUGUUUCUAAACU